CAAUUACAAUCAGUAUAGAAAUUCAUUUAUUUUAAUCCUAUUCAAUGUAUCUUCCUGUGUUUUCAUCGCUGAGCAUGUGAUGCAUAAUUUUUAUAAUUUAUUAUUAUUAGUGAGGUAUAUAAAAAUAUAUACAAGUAAAAUCAUGAACAUUAGAUAAUGGAAGACUUUGCAGAUAACAUAGCUAGCCUUUGCAUAGAAAAGUACAAUCUUUUAAAAAAAACAGGUAAACCUAAUGUUCAUGAAUGGACUGUCUUAUCUGGCAUUAUUCUAAAAACCGGAGAUGGAUUAUUAUCUGUGGUAGCACUUGCUACUGGAACGAAAUGUUUAGGAGAAUCAGAAUUAAUAAAUAAUACACAAGAAGAGAUAGGCUCUCGAUUGAGUGAUUCUCAUGCAGAGGUUCUAGCCAGACGGGCAUUUAUGCGUUACUUAUAUGAUCAGAUCGACUUGACUCUGAGCAAUUCGGAGAGUGCAGUUUUCUCGCGAAAUGACAAAAAUAAAAUAGAAUUAAAUAAUGGUAUAUCAUUUCACUUUUUUUCGAGUCAGACACUUUGUGGGGAUUGUUCCAUUUUUCCCAAACAAGAAACCUACGAUUAUGAUAUGCCUCCAUCAAAGAUCAGAUGUGUCUCAGAAGAUUCUAAUGGACGAAUUGUAAAUUCGUGUUAUAAAGAUAUAUAUAGAACAGGAGCAAAAUGUGUAAAAGAAGAAGAGACACAAGACCCUCACUUGCCUGGUAUAAAUUAUCACAUUGUAGGUCCUUUGCGUACUAAACCAGGUAGAGGAGAUCCCACAAGUAGUUUAUCUUGUUCUGAUAAAAUGGCAAAAUGGCUUAUUCUUGGUUUACAAGGAUCACUUCUGUCAUUGUUAAUACCAGCAAUAAAGCUGGAAAGCAUCACAAUUGGAGGCAACUGCCCCUUUUCUCUGGAUGCUAUGGAACGUGGAUUAUAUAAAAGGUUUGAUAAUGAAGUGAAUAAACCGAAGAUUUCUCAAGCAACAAUUGCUUUCAUGCAAAAAAGAGGACAAGAAAGAUCACGUCCUUGUCCAACGAGUAUUAUAUGGUGUGCUGUGAGGAACAGUGCAUUAGAAGUGGCAGUUGCAGGCAAAAAACAGGGAGUGACAAAAAAGAAAAAAGCCAAUAACUUAUUCGUAAGUAGAAAAAUGUUUUUACGAAUCUUCUUACAAAUUUUUGAUAAAUAUCAAGAUUAUUACAAUGAAAUAAAACAUCCAAAGAAGAUUACAUAUUAUGAUUGGAAACAAUGGUCAAUAAUUUAUCAAAAUAAGUGGAAACAAUUAAAACUUGAGUCAUUCCAUAAUUGGCCAUGUAAACCAAUGCAAAAUUUUAUACUAUAGUUAUUUUGUACCAAGUUAUUUUAUAAAUGUGAGACAUUUCUAGAUAUAUUUUAUA